AUGGCACCAUUACAACUCCUUGAGGAACUCCGAGCUCAAGUGGGGGGAGUGCCGACACAAAAGACCAAUGGUACCUCGUCGCUGUACGCCACUGCGAUGGCAGCUGCAGGCGCUGGUCCUGACGUGACCGAGCUCUAUCAGAUUGCGACAAGGGGCACCAGCCUUGACGAGGAGAAACAUAUACAAAGGAGACUGAAAGAGGCAAUCCUGAAAACGAGCAUCCUGUACGGGGUGCCUAAAUCUUUGCAAGCAUUAUUGCCCCUGUUUUCUACCCUAAAGGAGGAGCAGAUUGAUCAUUAUGGCCCACGUACCGAGGCUUUGAAGAAUGGGGAGUCACAGGCAGAGAGACGUGCUCGAGGUCGUCAACACUUUGACAUUCUCUGGACACCUGCAGCUGCGCAAGCAAACAGAGAAAAGAACUUCAAGUACCAACCGGAUUUAUACCUUCUCAAUCUGGAAACUAUCUAUGAGUUAUGGCUGAGCGAGAACACUAUUUUGAAUCCCGUGGAGACUCAGAUGUGUACCACUGCAGCAUUGAUUUGCUCGGGUUCUCCGCAACAGGCCAUGUGGCAUACCCGAGGCAUUGUUAGGCAUGGAGGAAGUCCAGAGGUGGCGCGAUUCGCGCAGGAGAUAGCCUUCAAAGUUGGGAAAGCGUAUGGUUGCAACGUGGAUGCAGUGACCAAGGUAGACGAUAUCGACUUUGAUGAUGCGACACCCCACUAA